UGGGCAUCUUUUUGUUUCCAAGACGUCUGCUCAUCCCCGCCGCGAGCACCUCUGCACGAGGGUUUCCUCAGAUGCGUUUUUCYCUCCCCAAGUCUCUCUGAAACCAACAUAAAACAAGACCGGGGUUAUGAAGUCAGUUCUAGAUGGCCUCGCGGACACCACUUUCCGAACGAUUACAACAGAUCUCCUUUAUGCAGGCUCCAACGACAUCCAGUACGAAGACAUGAAGGGUGACAUGGCAUCCAAGCUGGGAUACUAUCCCCAGAAAUUCCCCCUCUCUUCCUUCAGGGGUGAUCCAUUCCAAGAAAAAAUGACUGCAGGAGAUGAUCCCCUGUUGAGCAUAAUUCCAUCCGAUCAGAUCAAUAUCACAGAGUUUUACAACAAGUCCUUCUCCACCUUUAAGGAUAACGAUGAGAAUAUACAGUGUGGGGAGAACUUCAUGGAUAUGGAGUGUUUUAUGAUCCUGAACCCCAGCCAGCAGCUGGCUAUUGCAGUCCUGUCCCUCACGCUGGGCACCUUCACUGUCCUGGAGAACCUCCUCGUCCUGUGCGUCAUCCUCCACUCCCGAAGCCUCCGGUGUCGACCCUCCUACCACUUCAUCGGCAGCCUGGCCGUGGCCGACCUCCUGGGCAGCGUGAUUUUUGUCUACAGUUUUGUUGAUUUCCACGUUUUCCACCGGAAGGACAGCCCCAAUGUCUUCUUGUUCAAACUGGGUGGAGUUACAGCCUCCUUCACCGCCUCCGUAGGUAGCCUUUUCCUCACGGCAAUAGACCGGUACAUAUCUAUACACAGGCCGCUGGCCUACAAAAGGAUUGUUACCCGACCAAAGGCCGUCGUGGCGUUCUGCGUCAUGUGGACCAUCGCCAUCGUCAUAGCUGUGCUUCCGCUGCUCGGCUGGAACUGCAAAAAGCUCAACUCCGUCUGUUCGGACAUAUUCCCCCUCAUCGACGAGACGUACCUGAUGUUCUGGAUCGGGGUCACCAGCGUGCUCUUGCUGUUCAUAGUGUAUGCCUACAUGUACAUACUGUGGAAGGCUCACAGUCACGCUGUUCGAAUGAUUCAGCGUGGCACUCAGAAAAGCAUAAUCAUUCAGACUACGGAGGAUGGGAAAGUACAGAUCACUAGGCCUGAUCAAACUCGUAUGGACAUCAGGUUAGCCAAAACCUUGGUCCUUAUCCUAGUCGUACUAAUCAUAUGCUGGGGCCCUCUCCUCGCCAUAAUGGUGUACGAUGUCUUUGGGAAAAUGAACAAGCUCAUCAAGACUGUCUUUGCCUUCUGUAGCAUGCUCUGUUUGCUGAAUUCGACGGUGAACCCCAUCAUCUACGCGCUGCGGAGCAAGGACUUGCGGCACGCGUUCCGCAGCAUGUUCCCCAGCUGCGAGGGAGCCGCGCAGCCGCUCGACAACAGCAUGGAGUCCGACUGCCAGCACAAGCACGCCAACAACGCGGGCAACGUCCACCGGGCGGCCGAGAGCUGCAUCAAGAGCACAGUGAAGAUCGCCAAAGUCACCAUGUCUGUCUCCACGGACACAACCGCUGAGGCGUUGUAGGCCUGAGACUUCUCAGCGUUGCGCAGGAAGGGGGGAAAAAUAAAAAAAGUUUGAAAAAUAAAAAAUGAAAAAAUAAAUCAACAACAACAGAGAAAACCAAACCCGUGGCUUAAUGUGUUUGUACCCUCCUGUAAUACUUUACUUGGUUUGUCAUUGUAAGCUAAGCGAUGAUUGUGUUUAGAGCAUUACCAUCAGCCAGUCCUGCAAGUUUUACAAUUAGGGUUUCAAAUGAAAUUCUCAAAAGUUUUCUUUUUUUUCCUUGUAAAAAGUAUUUACCGAAUAAUAGUGAGUUUUCUGAAAGAGCACAGUGAAAAUACCGAAUUAGCAGAAGUUCCUUCUGGGCAUGUAAAGACAAAUUGUGAAACCUAAUUGAAAACUAAUGCAUCCUAAAACAAUACCAUCAAAUAAGAAAAAGCUGUGUAAUCAUGGUGUUCAUUUCAAUGUGUAAUGUAUUUCACGUUUGUAAGUAAUAGGAAUUUUUAAUUUUUUUUUCCAAAAGCGGCAGUGCUGAGUUUUAGAGAUUUUGUAAAAUGUGUUGUGUCCUGUGAAUUGUAUGCUGUUUUAAUCUGUGUUAUUGAUAUUUGUCUGAUUAAACAAAGUGAUACGGUAGACUUAUGUGGAAAUAAUGUGAAACGUGUGGUAUGUAAACCCCAUUGAAAACACUUGCUGUGUUUGAACAAUUCCUAUGAGUUAUACUAAAAAUUUUACACUUUUAGUGGUCUUCUGUGGACUUAGAGCAGAGGCUUUGUGUUCUUCUACUAAAAUUAUUUCCCCAUUACCUUUUAUUUUCACAUGCAUACGAGAAUAACAGCAACAAGGGAAUAGAGAAGGAAUAUAAGAGAGRAAUGCACUGGUCCAGACUUUUAAAUACCACUGCGUUUAUACAGAAGGACAUUCACUGUUGUACAGACUCUUGCCCGUCUCUCGGGCCCUGUGUGAAUAUGAACACUGAAAAGAGAAGGUCCUGGAUAUUGGCUCCCUUAGUGGGCAAUCGUUUUUAGUGCCAUGCUGGUGCUGGACCUCUGAAGACAGCAUGUGUAGGACGCAAUGUGUAAUGCCCUCACUGUGCAGUUGAUGUAUACUUGAACUCUGUUGCAUUCCUGUAUCCCAGGUCUAAGCAGACUCAGAGCCUGCGAUGCCACACUCCGGUCUUCACUAAGAGAGGAGGAAAUAUUGUCAGACUUAGACAUUUUCUUAUUGUGUGAGCGUGUAUAUAAGUAAAUAUCUAUGUGUGUGCGUGUGCGUGUGUGUGUGUAAGUACACUAAUGAGUGUGAGUCAUGGUAGCAUAACUAAGAUAGGACACUCUGACCAAAUGUAAACUGUUUUUCUUGUUGCACGCUUUGCACACAAAUYCUGUUUCUAAAAUUGAGUUCUUCCAACUGGGGAGUGAUGAAGGUACCAUAUUCAGAAGAUGCAGAUCCGCACGGAGAUGCAUGCAUGUGUUAGGGAAAGUAGCCUUUUAGUUACACUUGGGAAUGAGGUGAAGCAGGAGGCAGAGAAUGGCAUGAGCCAGCUCUGGAACCUGAAAGUGGGUAUUGAAGGUGUUCCUGAAAACUGAGAACACCAGAUAUGAAUGGCAAUUUCUUUUAUGUUCUUUAGUAUUUAAAUCUUACUGUUUGCAAUGAGGUGGGUCUCACUGUGAAGCUAGGAUACAGUUGGCAAGGUUUGACACCAUCAGCUUCAAGGCAAGGAAGGAGAAAUUAUUGAAUGAAUAUUGCAACUUUGUUCCAUGACAGAACUGUUUUUUGCCAUCUGGGACAUUAUCGAAGAGCAUGUUUUUGAAGGAGCCUUUGGGACAUGGCUGUCCUGUAAUUUCAUUCUAAGUCAGAGGUAUUGAGCCUUGCCUUCUGCUGCCUUGUACUUGGACCAUCUCCUGAUGUUGUUCAGGCUGAUUUCUGCCAAAUCACUGUUAAGCCAGCUUAGUUGCCUGGGAGGAGGCACAAAAGAGGAUAUUCCCUUUUUUUUGGCAUGGGGCUAGUGGGGCCCGCUGUGCACUAUCCUGCAGCCCUUUCUUGGGGGUUGCUAAAGGAAAGGGAGUACGGCCGGAGCUCCUGGAUGACUUGAUGUCCCCAUGGCCUUUCUGAUAUCUCAGUGCAAGUCAGAGCAGUCAGUAGCAUGAAAGGCCAAGUUGCUUUGGGCACCAGGACAGUGGAGGUUCAAGCUCAGCGAAGACUUGAUGUAGCAUGGCAAGAGCAUUCCCAUAGGAUGUGUGCGUCCUUCUCAAAGACCUUUCUCCUAUCUAGAUGUCGUGCAUCCUAAAGCAAUCCUCUAGGCACUGGCAGGUGGGGAAGGCCCACUUGAAAUGUAAAAGUAUUUUAAGAGCCAUUUUUGAAACUGUCUUCUUGUGAACUAAAUGCAAAUUUCGUGGACUUAUGUUGUGUACUCAAGUUCUAAAUUUUACAUGAUAAAUCAUGGGACAAUGGGGCUGUCUUGGCACUUAAAUUGGUGCUUACUGAUAUAAUAAGAAAUAGCAUCCUGUGAAACAUUGCUGUCUAUCAUCACUAUCUUCACUGCAUAAUGAGUUUUUCUAACGCUCUGGGAACUGUGUCGGUUCACAUACAACCAUUUAUUAAAGAGCUGGCAACAAUUUCCCUGCAAGUUGCGCACUGAAUAGAACUACUCUGUCAUUAGAAAAUCCGUAGCCGUUCCAAGAUUAGCUGUACUAAAACUUCUGCUUUAGGUAUUCCUAAUUUGCAGUUGUCUACCUUCACUUAGUGAUAGCACAGCCAAAUGRUAACUGUGUGCCACCACCACCCACACUGUCAUCAAAUAACUAUAGUUCAGCUAUGUAUACUUACCACCUUCAGGUGUUGUGUAUCUAUAAAGAAGACCAUCUAUGUCACAUGUGUGCAGAGUUAGGAUUCUCAACAGUCUAAUUGUAUAUUUGUAGAAUAUAAUCUCCUCAAUGCUGUGCAAUCACUAUCCAUGUUUUCUUGCACUGGCCUUUUGACAAAAAAAUGUUAGUGUGUCUAUUGUGAGAUAGACAGCGCAUUUUACCUGCUGUUAUUGGGCUGAAUGUAUGUAAAUAAGUGAAAAAUAAAAAAGUCAUCUGUACAAGCAGUGGCCUAAAAAGUCUGUAAUUGUAGRCUAGGACAAUUGUUGAAGUUGCUGUGACAUCUCAAAUACUACCUUUGAAUAAACUGUUUACAGGGUCUCUUGGGAUGCUGUUUCAUAGAGAAAGGAAAAAAUCUUUCCUUGUGAUAAUAUGAGGUAAAGAAAUUGGAUUACCUGAGCUUUUUAUUUCCAGUGUUUCAAAGUGGAGAACAUAACUCUUUAUUGUCUGUAAAUCUAACAUUAUUACUUCCUCUUAGAAGAAUAUUGUAUCAUUAGAUGUUUGUUUGAGCUGGUAACAUCCUUGCAACUGCUGCAAUAUCUUUCGUUAGCAACCUGUAUAAUAGUUUGUACA